AUGCCCAAGGACGCGCCCAGGAUCUGGGAGGCGCAUCUCGGGAUGAUGGGGUCGGGGGAGUUGGAGAGCGCUAGCACGAACAGUGCGCAGCAGCAGUCGUACGCGCAGCUCGGGCGGCUGAAGGAGUCCCUGAAGUCCGGGCAGGGGUCGAGACGAAAGCCUGCGUCCAAGGGCGGGGCGGGGUCGCGGGGGCGCGAGAACGAGGCGCUGCAGCUCCAAAUCGAGGAGCUGCUCGAGGAGAGGGCGGACCUGCUGCAGCAGCUCGAGGUCUCCCGCAUCCAGCGAGGAAACAGAGAGCGGGACCUCCAGUCGGCGCUGGGCUUCAAGGACGCCGAGACGCGCUCCCUCAAGGCGCGCGUGCGCGAGCUCGAGAUGCUGGUCCGGCAGCGCAAGGCCACGCUGGGCGUCGAGGCCUGCCGCGACGUGUGCGCGAAGCUCGUGUGGCUGGCGCACCACUGGAAGCUCGCGCACCGCAUCGGCGUCCUCCCGUCCAUCGCGGAGAACCGCGCGCUGUUCUGGGAGGCCAAGUCCCCCCCCGACUCGGUGCUGUUGCAGCUGGCCAACAUCACCGGCCGCAUCAGCCCGCGCGGCGCGGUCAGCCCGGGCCCCGCGACGCCGACGGGCGCGCGCACGCCCGCCCGCGCCCGCACGCCCAGCCCCUCGCGCCGCGACCUCGGCACCGACGCCGUCAGCGUGCGCGGGGCGCCGCCGCAGCCCGCGCGCAGCGUCAGCGGGAACGUCUCGGACCCCUCCCGCGCCGAGAACGACAGCGGCGCCGCGGGCCUCCAGCCCCACCCGAUCCAACUCCCCUCGGACACCCCCCCAGACGACCCCGCCAGCCUCGCGUCGUGGGUGGUGCCGGGGCGCUUCACCGAGGCCGAGGUCGUCGAGGUCGACCGCGGCAUGCGCGAGGCCGCCGAGCUCCACCUCGUCGACCUCGUCAUGAUCGAGCUGUCCGACCGCGAGCACCUCGGACGACCCGUGCCACAAGGGGUGACGACGGGCGCGGGUAUGGAGAUGCAUCCGCGGUGGCUGGUGAACCACACGGAGAUCGGGGAGGAGCAGGCGCGGCAGGCGUGUUUCUUGCAGGCGUGGCUGGUGCUGCAGUGGAGCGCGGCGGCGGAGCUGCCGAUGCCCGGGCUCGGCGAGGAGGCGCGGCGGCGCGCGGACCACUGGCGCGCGCGGAUGUCGGAGGAGUCGCAGGCGCGCGACCUCGUGGCGGCGUGGCGCGACCUGCAGGACUUGCAGCUCAUGGGCCUCGACCUGCACCUGUGGCGCGCGCGGGUGAGUGCGACGCGGUGA